GCAGCAGUAGUAGCGGGACCCACCCCUCUCUCGUCCGCGAAAGAUCUCCGCGACGACAGCUUCAGGUGAGAAGAAGAGAAAAAUCAACCAUUAUUCUUACUCCGGUACUUUCUCUCUCUACAAACUUUGCUCUCUCUCUUCGAGCCGCCAGAUCGAUGAAUGUAGUUGGUUUUGAUUCCCUCGAGCUGUGAGAAGUCACUUGCUUCAGAGGUAGAUAAUUUGGACACUGAAACAAGUUGUUGGGGGAAAACUCUUUGUAGAUAUGAGUUAUUGCAACUGGGGUUGAGUAAUGGCGGGAAAUGCAAGAUUCGAGUUAACUUCGGGCAGUCAGGAACCUGGUUUUGCAGGCAACCAACCAAAUGGACAGAAGGGGAAAUUUUCAGUUCCCAGUAUGGAUAGGUCGGGAAGCUUCCGAGAGGGUGGUGAGAGCCGGAUAUUUGGUUUUGGUACUGGAAUGUCUCGUUGUAGUGGCACAAUGACCGGGAACUUACCCCCAUUGUCACAGUGUCUGAUGCUGGAACCGAUUAUGAUGGGAGUCCAGAAGUACACACGUUAUGGGGAGUUAAGGAGGGUUUUGGGCUUUUCUACCGGGAAUGCCUCGGAAGACAAUUCUUUUGGUGCCGCACAUUGCAAGCCUUCACCUCCAGUUACUAUGGAUGAACUAAAGCGUUAUAAAGCAAGUAUCGUGGAUGGCCUUUUCAAGGCCAGGGCUAGAGCAAAAAUUUUGGAAGAACACUUGCAGCAUUUGGACAAGUUUGUUGAAGGUGGAAGCUCCAAAAAGCAGCAAAGCAACGAGCUAAUAAAAAAUGAGCAAUCGGGUGGAUUGAGUUUAAAGAUGGCAACCCAGAUUCAUCAAAACCCUCCAGACUUUGUAACACAGAGACUAGAUGACCGGACUAAGAAUGUUGUUCUGAAUAAGCGUCAACGAACGUCGGUGGCAGAAACACGGGCAGAAUGCCAGAGCAAUGGACAACCUAGGCAGCCUCUUGUAAUGGCAAAAGAUCAAGACAUGUUUAAGGAUAGUGGUGCAGGUUCUGAUCUGGUCGGAGAAAAGACUCACAGAUUGCCUGCUGGAGGGGAAGGGUGGGACAAAAAAACGAAGAGGAAACGUUCAGUCGGUACAGCUUCUAUGAGACCAAUAGAUAGUGACAGAGAAUUGAAACGAGCAAUGCAUCAAAACCUUAGCCAUCAACCUGGCUUGCAAUCUUGUGAUGCCCAAGGUUUCAGGUCUGGAUCUUUGAAUGGUAUUAGUGGGAUCAACAAGUUGGAUCGUAGUUCCCCAACUGCUAAAUCUAAUGUCCGUGCAACAUCCAAUAAUGAGCAACAUAAGGCUGUUCUUCAAAGGAAUCUGGCAACCAGAUUAAAGAAGGACAGAAUUCUAGCAAAAGGAAAUGAUAAGUCAAAUAUUUGCGAUGACAAUCAUGUUUCUGGUCCUAGUAUAGUGACAAAAAGUAGGGCUUUGAGGGCACCGCGAACUGGUUCUGUAGUGGCAACAAAUACAUCUCCUAAUAUUCCUCGUGUAUCUGGAACAUAUGAGAGCUGGGAACAACCUCGGAAUGUGAAUAAAACUCAGUCAAUUACUGGGGCUGUGAAUAAAAUUUAUUCAAUUACUGGGGCUAACAAUCGCAAGUGUGUUGUGGCCUCCGGAUCACCCUCUCCACCCAUGGCUCAACGGGUUGUUCAGAGGCCACAGAAAGUUUCUCGCACAAGGAGAGCUAAUCUGGUUUCUCCAGUCUCAAACCAUGAUGGAAUGCAGAUAUCAUCUGAAGAGUGUUCCUCUUCUGAUUUUAGUGGUAGAGCGAGUGUUUGUGGAACCAAUGGUCUGCUGCUUUCCAAGGGUAUGGCUAAUCGCACCCAGAAGUGUAAAUUGAAACUUGAAAAUGUCACAUCCCCAGCUAGAUUAUCUGAAAGUGAAGAAUCUGGUGCUGGUGAAGACAGAUUUAAGGGGAAAGGUACUGGUAGUGAUGAUGUGGAGGAAAAAACUGUAAAUGCUAUGCAUAAUGCUGGUUCUUCUGUAAUGCUUACAAAGAAGAAUAAGCUACUUACUAAGGAAGAAACUGGUGAUGGUGUACGGAGACAAGGGCGGAGCAGAAGGAGCACUUCAUUUUAUAGGGCUAGCGUUUCACCUAUAACGGAGAAGUUGGAGAAUGCAGAUACAAGAAAUCCAUCUCGAAGUUCAAAGUCUGGUUCUGACAAGAAUGGAAGUAAGUUUGUCCCUUCUUCAAAGAAAUUGUCGGAUCGCAAAGGUUUUUCUAACCUUGGGCAUAUCCCGACUAGCAAUUCUCCAGACUUUACUGCACAAUCAGAUGAUGAUGAUCAUGAAGAACUCUUAGCAGCAGCAAAUUUCGCUUGUAAUGGUAGUUGUAUUGCCUGUUCUAGUUUAUUCUGGAAGAAGAUGGAGCCAAUUUUUGCUUCUGUCAGUUUUGAAGACAUAUCCUACUUAUCUGAACAGGGUGAUCUUCGACAUGGAGAAACUUCUCCAUCUCUUGUUGCUGGAGAAGGAAAUAGAAGCCUGCUAAAUCAAGUUAAUAUGAAAGAGUCAGCUAGGACAGUGGAGUUAGUUAAUCAAUUUCAGGAUAUUGAUACUUUAUGUGGAAGAUUAGACUCAGAAAGAAGAUUUAACGAAGUUACUCCAUUGUAUCAAAGAGUAUUAUCAGCUUUGAUUGAAGAAGAUGAUAUUGAAGAACUUGAAGAAAAUGGAAUGAGAAGGAAUGUGUUGCCUCAAUAUGCUACAGAUGACUCGCCAUAUGACACAUGUCUUCUUAUUGAUGCUGAACGUAGAAAGAGGGAUAGGAUGGAUUCUGAAUGCGAAUUAAUGCUUGGUGUUAAAACUAAGAAACAAGUUACUGUAAAUGAAAUUUUACCUUGUAAUGGGAGUACCACCUCUAACAGAAGUGCAAGCAUCCAAAAUCCUUCAUGUAAUGAUGACUUGCUGCAUGUAGAUGGUGAAUUUGUGCGUUCAGAGUUUGGGAUGUUGGCUGGGCUCUCUAGAAAUGAUAUGUAUGCGCCACAAAAUGUACAAACAAAUGAUUUUGGCAUUUCUUCCUCUAAUUGCCAACAUGAGCAGAUGUGUCUGGAUGAUAAGCUCUUGCUGGAGCUGCAGAGUAUUGGCUUAUAUCCAGAUAAAGUGCCUGAUCUAGAUGACAGUGAGGAUGAAUUGAUUAAUCAAGAGAUCGUCGCGCUGAAGAAGGGACUUCAUCAACAGAUUGGUAAAAAGAAGAUGUGCUUAGACAGAAUUUGUAAAGCUAUUCACAAAGGAAGGGAGAUGGAAAGAUGGGAGCUUGAGCAGGUUGCAAUGAAUAGACUUGUUGAGUUGGCUUACAAGAAGCAAUUGGCCACUCAAGGAAGUAGUGCUUCUAGAAGUGGGGUUGCUAAGGUGUCAAAACAAGCUGCCUUGGCUUUUGUGAAGAGGACUCUUGCAAAAUGUCGGAAAUUUGAAGAUUCAGGAACAAGUUGUUUCAGUGAGCCAGCCCUUCGGGAUGUCAUUUUUGCUGCACCUCAUCGGGGCAAUGAGGCAGAAACAUUGACUUGUCCUGCUUCGGAGGGUGCUAAUGAUAAACAUCCAGAAUCUCGUAACCUGCAGGCAGACCGCAUAGCCUCAGGCCCUUUUCCUGGUAGUGCUGAGAGGUGUGAUAUUGAUAAUAAGAGCAACGGGGGUUCAUUAGAUGGAUUUGAAACCCCUACCAAUCAGUCUGAUCUGUAUUUUGCCAAAAAUGGACCAAUAUCAAACCGCGGUAAGAAGGAAGUAUCACUUGAUGUUGUUGGUGGGAGCGCUGCCUUGAGAGCCACAUCAACUUUAGGUAGCAGUCUUUUGGGUGGAACAAAAGGAAAGAGAAGUGAGAGAGAGAGGGGCAAAGAUACUUCAACCAGAAAUGCUGUUGCCAAAGCUGGCCGUCCAUUGCUAGGCCAUGUUAAGGGUCAGCGUAAAACGAAAACAAAGACCAAGCAGAAGACCGCUCAGCUAUCAAUAUCAGGAAGUGAACAUGUCAGUAAAUUUUCUGAAACAACACAACCCGUGUACCCAUCAGCUGCUGGUGUUUCUAGUGAUGAACCAGUUAUGAAUUGCAGCAACAAAAAAAGAGAAGUUGGUUUGAUGUCCCCUGGUAAAAAUCCUAAUGAUUCAGUAAAGAAGGCGAAGGAACAAAUGGACUUUACAAAUUUGCACUUGCAUGAAUUAGACUCCCUUGAAGAACUUGGUGUUGGCGCGGACCUUGGUGGGCCUCAGGAUCUCAUUUCCUGGUUAAACUUCGAUGAUGAUGGUUUACAAGAUCAUGAAUCAGCGGGCCUUGAAAUACCUUUGGAUGACAUUUCGGAGUUGAAUAUGUUUUGAAAAUGACAAUGCAAUAGUAAAUUCUUACUAGGUUUAUUAACUGUUAGAUCAUAGAUGAGAUUUUUAUUUUUAUUUUUUUUCCUGAUGGAGGAAAAGCAGCUGUACAUAUCUCUCAGGCCAAAUGGCGCUUGUAGUUAUGAUCAUUCUUUCUUAUAGAAUCUUCAUUAUUGCAUGAAUAACAACAAAAUAUAGUUUUUCUAAGGGCCCA